AUGAUUAUAGACAAUCCUGAUUACGGAAAUAUGCGCAUUGGUGCAAAUACGCAAGUGAUGCCCGUAUCUGCUUUAAUUUCAAAGGAUUCUGCCGAUAAAGGAAAUGCUAUUCUUGAAAUACGUGCUGGCACAGGAGGUAAUGAAGCUGCAUUAUUUGCUGCGGAUAUAUUAAACAUGUAUGAACGUUAUGCUUUUUUGCGUAAAUGGAAAUUUGAGAGAUUAUCGAUUGUUGAGGAAUCUGCAAUUGGUGCUAUAAAGGAAGCAAUGGCUUCAAUUUCUGGCCAAGGUGUAUUUGGAAAUCUGAGAUAUGAAUCCGGUGUACAUCGUGUUCAACGUGUUCCUGUUACAGAUAAAGCGGGUCGUGUACACACAAGUACAGUUACUGUUGCUAUAUUACCUCAACCAACUGAAGCUGAUGUAAAUAUACGAGAAACUGACCUUCGUAUAGAUUAUUAUCGAGCAAGUGGUAAAGGGGGUCAACAUGUAAACAAAACUUCUAGUGCUGUCAGAAUAACACAUAUUCCAACUGGAUGUGUCGUUGCGAUCCAAGAUGAGAGAUCACAACCAAAAAACAAAGCAAAGGCGCUUCAAAUUUUACGUGCAAGAUUAUAUGAUAAGGAACGUAACAAAUUACAUCAAGAAAGGAGUGAGAAAAGACGUCAACAGGUAGGAACUGGUGACAGAUCAGAAAAAAUUAGGACAUACAAUUUUGCUCAGCUUGAAGAAAUGGAUCAUUCGAACCAAAUGUCUGAAAUUAAUCAUAAAUUUCCUGACUACUACAGAGUAUCUUGUGUAGGAAUACUACUGGUACCAUGUAUUAUACUUACAUUUGUUUGCCCUGUGCUUGAAUUUGAAAAAAUCGCUUUAUUUGAUGCAACAAAUGGUGAAUUCAAAUAUUAUCCAUUUGUUGAAUAUUUGUAG